AUGGCGCCAUCUGAAACGACGAAGAUACUGCCACAGGCCAUCAGUGGCGUUCCUGGAUAUCCAGACCCACGCUGGACAGCCGAGUGCCACUCUCGUGAGCGGGAGGUCACAGCUGAAGUGAACGGGUAUUUCCUGCAGCACUGGCCGUUCCGCGACGAGAAGGCGCGCCAGAAAUUCGUGGACUCGGGCUUCCCGCGUGUCACUUGCUUCUAUGUCCCAAGGGCGUUGGACGAUCGCAUUCACUUCGCCUGCCGGCUGUUGACCGUUCUUUUCCUCAUCGACGACUUACUGGAGCACAUGUCUCUUGACGAAGGUAGGGCCUACAAUGAGAGACUAAUGCCCAUUUGUCGUGGGGAUGUCGCUCCUGACCGAAAUGUGCCUGCCGAGUACAUCCUCUACGACCUUUGGGAGGCUAUGAGGGCUCACGACCGGCCCCUGGCUGACGAUAUACUCGAGCCAUGCUUCAGCUUCAUGAGGGCUCAGACCGAUGUGGAACGCUUGAAAGACAUGGACGUCAGAGCGUAUCUGGAAUACCGAGAGGCGGACGUCGGCGGAGCCUUCCUUAGCGCUCUGAUGCGCUUUUCGAUGGGCCUUCGUGCUACGGUAGAAGAACUAGACCUCCUGCGACCUCUCUACCAGAACUGUGCCAAGCACAUUUCCGUCAUGAACGAUAUCUGGAGUUACGAGAAGGAGGUACUCGCCGCAGAGACACUUCACCCCGAGGGUGGUGUGCUUUGCUCGGCUGUCCAGACACUAGCCAAAGCUGCUAAUGUCCCUCCGGCGGCUGCCAAACGUGUGCUCUACACCCUUUUGCGUGAAUGGGAGUCGAUGCACGAGGUCAUGGAGCAGGAGAUGAUGGAACAGAACAAUGCGGAGGCCUUGACAACACACAUCAAGGGUUUAGAGCUUCAAAUGAGUGGGAAUGAGGCCUGGAGUCGCACCACUGCGAGGUACUCGUCGCCAAAAUAG